AUGCCUUCGCUCUUAGAAGCCUUAGAGCGCAAAUACGGCGCGAAAGGUGAAGUCAACCCUUCAAUAGACGAUAUGCCUGUUGCCAUAUUCGUGCCCAAGCGUUCUCCACGACUCAGCGUCCCCACACUGUUGGUGUUGAACGACUGUGACAUUGACUGCGCUGGCGACGCCAUAGCUCUAGCUGACAAAUGCGCCGACGUGGUCGAGUUGGAUCUGGCGAAUAAUAAACUUACAGAAUGGCGGGAGGUCUUCGCAAUAUUGGAGCAGACGCCACGGGUCCGUUUUCUAAAUCUAAGUUUUAACCGUCUUUCUGCACAAAUUCAAGCAGCACAGGCGCUGCAACCAAAGUGGGACAGCCUUAGUCACCUCGUUCUAAACUCUACAUAUGUUAGUUGGCCCAGUGUCCACGGUCUACUUAAGGCUCUACCAGCUCUUGAGGAAUUGCAUUUGAGUCUUAACGAGUACUCCUAUGUGGACUUAAGCGGCAAAGAAAUAGAUGAAAAGGAUCGAUGCGAAGCGUGCUCCCGUCUCAAUGUAGACACCACUGAGCCAGUUCAUGAACAACUGAAGAAACUUCAUUUCUCCGGAAAUCCCGUUAGAAGCUGGUUAGAGAUAUGCAAGUUGGGAUAUGCCUUCCCGAAUUUAGAAACUCUUUUGGUCAACGAGUGUCCCAUAACAACAUUGGAACCGGAUCCGUGUGAGAAAUGCGGCGACAACAACGGGAACAAGAAAAGCCAUGACGCCUUCCCUCGUCUCCGAUUCCUCAAUCUAAACAAUACCGGUCUUGCCACGUGGGACGAAGUUGAUCGACUGGCUUUGUUUCCGGCACUAAGAAGUUUAAGAAUACAAGGCUGGCCGUUAUGGGAGCGAUUCGAGUCGACAGAGCACGAGCGACGACUGCUGCUCGUGGCACGGCUGCCACGCGUACGGACUCUAAACGGCGGUGGCGCGGUGCCACCAGAAGAGCGUGACGCCGCCGAGCGUGCCUUUAUACGCUACUACAUGGAAAAGCCAGAAGCCGAUCGCCCGGACAGGUACUGGGAGCUGGUAGGAGUUCAUGGCAAACUGGAUCCUCUUGUGUCUGUUGACCUGAGGCCGGAGAAGCGCGUCCAGAUCACAUUCACCUGUGGUGAAACGAGCGAGGUGCGCACUGUCGACGUUUACAGAACUGUAUCAGACUUGAAAACACGUUUGGAACGGCUCGCUGGAUUCCCAGCCUCAAAGAUGAGGUUAUUCUACGUCGAUCAAGAGCUAAGAGAUACGCAGGGCCCUGAGGAGAUGAAAUACCCAACAAAGCAGCUGUACUCCUACAAUAUAAGAUCUGGCGACGAGAUAAUUAUAGACUCAAAGCUGAAACAUUCUAUCUCUGUCAGUUCGACCGCAUGA